AUGAUACUUUCUUUAAUACGAAAACAGGAUAAAACUGGUGAAAUAAUUUAUUAUGAAAGACCUAACAUUACGGGGCCUAAACUUAGUAAUUAUAAAAAAAUUAAAAUGGACGCAGAAACAUGUGAAAAUUUAAGAGAUAUAUUAACCAUUUCUAAUGGUACUUUAGGAGUUGUAAAAAAAACAAGACGAUUAUUUAUGAUUGAUCAAACUCGAAUACACAUUGAUGAUGUACACGGAUUAGGUAGUUUUUUGGAAUUAGAAGUUGCUCUAAAUGAUGAUCAAGAUGUUAGUUAUGGAGAAAAAAUUACACAGGAUAUAAUGAAAAAAUUAGAUAUUGAAUCAGAACAUUUAAUUUCCGAAGCAUAUAUAGAUCUACUUAAUAAAGCUGAGAGUUUAUAA